UGACGAUUACAUGACGCUCUCACCCAAGUCCUGCUUUCCAGUUCUCUACCGUGACCACGAGAAUGAAGAUGGCGGUUUUGCGUUGCUAUGUGUCACCCUUCUGAUUCGGAAACCUACGAUGCGGUGGUCGAGCUUGGUGAUAGGGAAUUUCCUCGUCUUUUACAAAAUUUUUCUAUGUUUUGGAGCUUCGAAUGUAAGCGGCAGCAUCGAUGACCUGUUAGUUUCUAAAGAAGACCUCGAAAUCCUAACUAAAAGACCCACAGGAAAAUGGCCCCUUUGUGUAUUCUACAGAAAUCCAACAACUGCUUUGUCAAGGCUUGAGCAGAGUUUUGCUGAGUUUCUUAGAAGUCUAUCAGAGAAUAGCGCAUUUAAAGAAUGGAACAUUGUAGCAUUUAACCUUGACAAGGGAAUGUUAUCAUGGGAGGGCCAUCCAGGAGCUGUUCCUCUUCUGCAGUGUCACAUUGGAACAGCUGAAUCACCAUUGAGCUACCCAUCACCCAACAAGGUUCACAGAACAACCAGCUCAUUACAUCAGUGGUUUAAAAAUGUGAACAAGAUGUUUACAAAAAGACUACCUCUGCUCAAUAUCAAUCAUUUGGCUGGUGUGGUUGUUAGUCAUGGAGGAUAUACGGUGGUGGGAAUUUCUGGUCAUUUACAUCACCAAACAGUGGAAAAUACACUCAGGAAGUUGGCUAAAAGUUGGAAAGACAGAAUAAAAGUUUUUGUUGUGAUUCCAUUCACUGAUGAGGAGAUGUUUAUGAUGCAGACGUACAAUGUCAGUCAGCUACCUGCAGUUCUAGUUUUUAGUUCACAAGAGUGGAAGGAAACAGAAAAACCUUUGCUUGUGCUGCAAAGUGUUGGUGAGGUAGAGGAGAGAAGACUCGAGACCAUGUUGGUAACUCUUCACAGCCAAGCUUAUCAGCUGAAUCUGGGCAAUUUCAUGGAAGAAGUUUUAGAAACAAAACAUCCUACACCACCAAUGGCUGUGUGUUUCUACUCUCCAAGAAGCCCACGCACACUAAACUACUUGAAUGCCUUUCACCGUUCAUAUGACACAUUUACAAGAAUGCAAGUCUCUCUGCGAUUUGGAAUGCUCAACAUUGUUGAUCAUCCAGAAGUGGUGUCAAGAUAUGUACAUGCAUCAGAUGUGUAUGCUGUUCCAUUUACUGUGGUUUUCUGGCAGGAAAGAGAAUUGACUACACAGAGGUUUACAAUCAAACAACAAGUAUUCGACAGGGACAUUCCCACACCUCUGCUUCUGUUUGAGUUUCUGCAAAUGCUGCCUCUCAACCUGUACACAGCUCUACCAGAAAAUGAUGAUGAUGAUGAGCCAUACAAUCCCUGGAAAGAAAGUGAUGAUACCAAGAAUGUGUGCAACCUUUUGCUACAAGAUGCGUGCGCCAUAGGAGAUAACAGUACAUUAAUAGACGAGACAGGUUUUCAGCAGAAUGACGUCAUGUUUGGGCCACCUUUACCUCCUCCUUCAUGGCCGACUAAGGCCAAAGUUCAAUCAAAGAUGAAAAAGAAGACUUUUCAAUUUGAAUAUGUAAAUGACCAGACCUGGGCUUCACUCAUAGAGCAGUCAGUUGGUCCAGUGAAGUCAUACUCUGCUCUACCAAGAAAACAAUCAUCUCGUUUGUUUUCUGUAGCUUUGGUUGUGUUUCUUCUAGAUGGCUGUGGUUACUGUGCCAAGAUUUUGCCAACAAUUGAGAAGAUAUCUCUAGAUGCCAAGUAUUUAGGUGCUUCGGUGUUCGUGCACAACUGUUCAUCAGAUCCGCUCACCUGUGAGAGAUACAGCAUUACAGGCUAUCCUACACUCACUGCAUUCCGCAGUCUCAGCUGGUCUACUGUUGAGAGUUGUUCAAGUUCUCACUCUACUUACCUAAGACUUGACUACCACGGAGUUGUCUUUGUAAGACUUCAUAAUUUAACAGCUAGUUUAGCCCUAAAGAUUUAUGUGAAACUGUUGUCCCUCUGUACUUCAAUAUCUGAGUUCCUUCUCUCUUUUCAGGAUGUGGAUGUCAGGUUAAUUGGUACUUUGUACACGCGGUCCUUAGCUCGCCGCUAUCUGGCGACAACUCUCGUGAACAAGUGGUAUCCAUUUAACUGUUUUCAGCUGGUCUGCGAGCUUCUUUAUGGUCGAGUACCAUGCUAUGUAACGUACACUCGAGAUGUUGUCGAUUACGGUAGCAAGGUGAACGCUAAAGAUCAGGAUCUUGUUUUGUCGAAGCUUGAGCUUCAAAGAAGUGAUGGUGUGCGAGUCAAAGUGUUUCAGUUGGGUCAAAAUGUGGAAUCUUUAAUCAACAACCAGAGGGACACGAGACUGCACAUGUUUCACGACACUCAUAGAUACGACUUGCCAAAGAACUUCAAGUGUGAACACGACCACAAGAUCUGCACUGACAUUGCCGUGCGCUUUGUUCAAGACCACCGGCGUCUUCCAGUCCUUCACAUGACGUCAGCGGCAUUUCACACCAAGUUAGGUUCUGAGGAGAAUGCAAACUUUGAACCCUUUGCACACAACUUGCCCAUUUUAUUUGCACUGGCACACAAAAACAACGUAUCCAAAGACAGCUCUUUUUACAAGGAGCUUACAGAGUCAGCUUACGCUAUGUAUAGCGAGAUGGUUUUUGUUACCCUGGAUAUUGAUGAGUUUGCGCACUGGGCGAGCCGCUUUGUACCCAAAGACUAUCAUACCAAGCAUGCUUUUGGAAGACAAGCCGAGAACGUUCCAGCGUUGUACCACUACCCCCGGUUGUGCAUUAUUCAACACCAGGAUCACCAACACGCCGCGUUCUAUCCUCCUAUCGAGGAAAUGCAGAGGCUGGGGACUAGAGUCCAGGCACGUCUCGACCAGAUCACUUCCCAACAGAUUAUUAAGUUCGUUCAGGAUUAUUUAAAAGACCCCGCGGCGUUAAUUGUGAAAACUGAAUUUUUCUAAAUGCCAGAAUUUAAUGUAAAUAU